AUGGGCCGGCCACCGCCCCGCAGCCCACCACCGUCACCAAUGCUGCUGCUGCUGCUCCCGCUGCUGCUGCUGUUGCUGGGCCCCGGCCUGGGUGAAAGUGAAGCAUCCGGGAGGUCACACGUGUACCGCCGGGGGAUCCUGGAACUGGCGGGAACCGUGAGGUGCACUGGCAACCGACCACCUAUCGCCUACGUGAACUACGGCUGCUUUUGUGGCCUGGGAGGACAUGGCCAACCCCGAGACGCCAUUGACUGGUGCUGUCAUAAGCAUGACUGCUGCUAUUCUCGAGCUGAGCAAGCCGGCUGCAGCCCCAAGCUAGGACGCUACUCUUGGGAAUGCGUCAACCAGACCAUCCAGUGUGGAUCAACAGAAAACAAGUGCCAAGAACUAAUGUGCAAGUGUGAUGCGGAGUUUGCUCACUGCUUGGUGGGGACUAAGUACCACCUAAAAUACCUCUUCUAUCCCCAGUUCUUGUGUGAGGCAAACUCGCCCCCAUGUGACUGA